GUUGAGACAAUCAACGGUGACUCGCCCCUGUUUGCUGCAGCGCAGAAAGGGCACAUCGAUGUUGUGCAGGUGUUGCUUGAGUUCGGGGCGGCAACGAAUGAGGCGCGGCGACAAGAUGGUGUGACUCCUCUUUUCGCUGCAGCGCAGCGCGGCUUUGCAGAGGUGGUGCGCGUUUUACUGGACGCAGAUGCUGCACUCGAGCAGCCGCGGUACGACAGUGGGGCGACUCCGCUGUAUAUCGCGGCACAGAAAGGGUAUCGAGAAGUGGUGAAGGUCUUGGCAGACUAUGGCGCAGAUACAGACACAGUCGCUCUUGAUCAUGGGGCCACACCUUUGUACGUGGCAGCUCAGAAUGGCCACGAGUCUGUUGUGCGCAUGCUGUUGGAGGUCGGAGCCAAACGUGACAAAG